CCUCCCACCCCCCUACCCCAAUCAUCCUUAAUAACAACUCGCUCCUCCUCAGCAUCUAUCUGCCUGAUCAGAGAAAGACUUUCCCCACAGUACCUUUGGAGGCAACAACAUUGCAGGCAGCAAAAUUAGAUUUGAGUCCCCUCAGGAGUUGAUAUUCAGUAAAUUCCAAGAGGCAGCAGGUUUAUACUGCAUCUGUAAAUCGGCCUGAGUGGAAGUGAGUGCACAACUGGAAAAGGUUAUCCACUUAACCAAUAACUACUGCCAAGAUGUGGAAAAGAGAGAAGAACUCCAGCCAAUCUUCCAACAGACCAUGUUUCUCCCUCGUUCACCAAUAUAUUCAACGUUUUAAUGAGGUGUCGGGAAACAAGACAGCUGCUAUACGCAGAAGAUCGAAGACUCCCGGAGUGAUGAUCACCCAGUACUCUGCCAGCCUGCCAGAGGGAAAAAGCACUCCAGACUUUCAAUGCAAACCAGUUCCAGUAACCAUCCCAGAAGGAAAAUUGGCUGUCUUCAGGGCUGUGGUGACCGGGGACCCAAAACCAGAUGUGUCAUGGAGACGUGCCAAGGGAACCAUCACAGACAAGGAGAAAUUUCAAAGAAAAUAUGAUGAAUCCACUGGAGAGCAUAUAUUAGAGAUUUACAAAGUGACUGCAACAGAGAGUGAUACCUACAAAUGCUCUGCUGUAAAUGAGUAUGGAAAAGCUGUGUGCACCACAACACUGAGUGUUAUUGAUGAGACAACAACACCUGCAGAUUUCAGAAAACUGCUGAAAAAAAGUAAGGAAGAAAGAGCAGGUGGAGAAAAUGAUGAGAAGUUCUGGGACGCCUUGUUAAAUGCUGAACGAAAAGACUAUGAGCGGAUCUGCAAAGAAAACGGCAUCACAGACUUACACUUGAUUCUCAAGAAGCUUGAAGAGAAAAAGAAGCAAAGAGGACAAAUUAAGCAUAGGGACAGUGUGAUCCUUGAUGAGGAUGAUGAUGAUGAUGAAGCAAGGAAAUAUGGAAAUAAGAGUCUGAGAAGAACACAGGAUCUCAGAAGUAAUGGUCCUCAGCAGAAUGAGUCUGGGCUGUACCCUAGUCUUCCUGCCGUUGCUCAGAUCAACAUCAGUAACCAAAAGCUGAACCAAGCAGGCACCGAAGAGGACCUGCUCCUCAUGGAGUUUAAACUUUCCAAUGUGGACUUUGUUAUCAAAAUUCAAGAGAUAAACGUUGAAGAAGCAGACAAUGCCCUCUUCGAGUGUGUUCUGACACACCCGCUACCUCAAAUCACAUGGAUGAGAAAAGGCCUGAUCCUGGAGGAUGGAGAAAAAUACAGCAUUACUGUGUCAGAACACAAGUUAAUUCACAGGCUGAUGAUCAAGGACUGCAACAAGACAGACAAAGGCAUCUACUCUGCUGUGGCUGGGAUUACGUCCUGCAGUGCCUGGCUGGUAGUGGAAGAUCAUAAGUCUGGUGGCAAGAAAACUAUCCACAAGACCACAUUGGCUGGUGGUAUCCAGACGGACCUGGAAAUCGUGGCAAAAGAACAAGAACUUAAAAACCAGGAGGAAAUGGAAAAGAUUUUAGAGGCUAUAAAAGUAAAACAAGCAGCUGAAAAAGUCAGAAAUGGAAAGACACUGACGAUAAAUGGGGAAUAUUGCAAUGGAACUGACCAACAUUUGAGAACGGAGGACAAAAGCUCAGAAGAAGACAUCAGAGUUGGAGCAUUAGAGUAUCAGUGGUCUGCAAAGGAAGGAGCAGAGCAAGAAGAAAUGAAAGAGCUUCUCCAAGAUGCACAAUUCAGAGACCCAUUAAAGGUGAAUGAAGGUUUGUCUGGAUAUGUGAAAAUUUCCCAAGGAAAAGAGUUCAGUGAUGAAUGUAUUGAUGUAGAUGAAUAUCAAUCGCCAGCAAUGAGCCAACAUGAAAUAAACCAAAUCGGUGUAAUCAAAAACUGCAACAAAUCUGCAAGAAGUCUAAAGGAAUCAAAGAGAGUUCAAUGGAAAGAGCCUGCCUCAGUCCCAGAUACAGAUCCAAAGGAACAAGCAAGUGAUGAAGUAUUGAGUGAUGUUGAUGAAAAUAAGGAUACCUUUGACAGUGAGGACCAUAAUUAUUCACAGCAAAAUGGAAAUGCAAAAGACAUGCCCAAUGGUCAAAUUGCAAUGUCCGAAGCCCAUGGCACCCCUGAGGACACUGAAGGUGUCAGCUGUGGUUCUACACGAGUUAGACGCAAAAAACAAAGCCCGCUGACCCAGGACUUGGUCACUGAUCCAGGAGUUCAUUUCAUCUGGGGUUUAUCUGACGUGGACGCGAUCAUACAUGAGACAGCUGAGUUAACAUGUAAGCUCAGCAGUGAUGACUAUGAGGGAGCCUGGUUCAGAGACGGCAAAAAGAUAUCCUCAGAUGAUAUUUUUUUUAUUACUAAAGAUGGACCAAUCCAUAAAUUAGUCAUAAUAAAUUGUGCUGAGGAUCACUCUGGGAAAUAUCGUUUUGAGGCAGACGGUCGGAAAACAGAGGCAAUGGUCAACGUCAAAGAUCCCCCUAGAUUUAACCCCGAGGACCUUUGUGCUUUCACUGAGCCCUUGGCUAUCAAAGUGGGACACAAUGCCAUCUUUAAGGUGCAGUUUGUUGGACACCAGCCCAUAAAGAUCCAGUGGUUCAGAGAUGGUGAUGAGCUCCAGGAUGACAGCAGCGCAAAAAUCGAAAACUCUGCUGGUCACAGCCGCUUGCUUCUGAGCAGAUGUCAGAGGAAAGACAUGGGGGAGAUCAAGAUCAAGCUCAAGAAUGAGCACGGCUUUACCGAGGCCCUUUCAAAGCUCCUUGUGCUUGACAAACCGUCACCUCCACAGGGCCCUGCAGAGGUGACCGAGAGUUCAGCUUCAUGCAUUGAAUUUAAGUGGCGACCCCCAAAGGAUGACGGCGGCUCACCUGUGAUUAGCUACAUGCUGGAACGUCAGCAAGUGGGGCGAAACACCUGGAAAAAAAUAGGGGAAAUGAAAGGUGGGCCCGCAUACCGUGAUACAGACGUAGACCGGGGAAGGAGAUACUGUUAUAGAAUCCGGGCCGUAACCGCAGAGGGAAUAAGUGAAGCAAUGGAGACUGACGAUAUGCAAGCUGGAACAUUUGCUCUUCCGGGGCCUCCAACACCUCCACAAGUACUCAGUGCUUUCCACGACUGCAUCAACCUUUCAUGGUCUCCACCAAGUAACACCGGAGGUUCGCGUAUCCUUGGCUAUGUGUUGGAAAAACGCAAGAAGGGGAGUAAUCUCUGGUCUGUUGUCAAUGCAGCUGAUGAGCUGAUAAAAGGGAGGAAAUAUGCAGUGAGAGAUGUAGUGGAAGGUAUAGAAUAUGAGUUCAGAGUGUCUGCCGUGAACCUCUCAGGAGCUGGUGAAUCCAGCAACCCCUCAGAGUUUGCCUUCGCGCGCGAUCCAAAAAAGCCUCCCGGUAAAGUUACGAGCUUGAAGGUGACAGAAACUUCCUACACCAACAUGGUUCUGACUUGGACCAAACCUGAGGAGAAACCAGGGAUUCAGGAUGAAGCGAAGGGAUAUUUUGUUGAGAUUCGGCAGGCAGAUUCUUUGGAGUGGUCCCGCUGCAACACCACCCCCUGCAUUGUGACGUCCUUCAACGUGAGAGGCCUCAGGUCCAUGGAGAUGUACUGGAUCAGGGUGAUCACAGCUAAUGAUGGUGGAGAAGGUCCUCCGGAGGAGCUUCCCAAUUAUGUCCUUGCCAUGCCUUCACCUGUUAGGCCAAAGUUCACCAAGAGGAUGAAGAAUUUCAUGGUGGUGAAGGCUGGAAACUCAGUCCGGAUCACUGUAAACUUUGAGGCCUCGCCUCGGCCAGAGAUUGUGUGGCUUAAGGACAACGUGCUCGUGAGCAAGCGUGUGACAGUCAGUAACUCUGACUGUUCAUCUCAGCUGCUGAUCCCCAUCUCGGAACGCUCAGACUCGGGUGUUUACUCCAUACUUGUCAAAAACCUUGUCGGUCAGGAAACAUCCAGUACAGAAAUCAGAGUAACAGAUGAUCCGAAGCCUCCUGGACUUGUAGAACUGGAAGAAAACGUUCCUGGCACAGUAACUGUGAUGUGGGAACCUUCUCCGGACGAGAAGCGUGAUGACCGCCUCCACUACACAGUGUCCAAACUGGACUCUUCCAAGCGCACUUGGACCCCAGUGGCUGACAGGCUGUUUAAUAACAGGUUCACAGUCUGCAACAUCGUACAUGGAAGAGAAUAUCAUUUUCGUGUGUUUGCCAAAAACGAUAUGGGCAUCUCAGAACCUUCAGAGUCACCAACUUGGGGGACGGAGAAAAAAAAAGAAAAACUGGUGGUGAGCGAAACGGCAAGUAAGGACUGUGAUCUGCGAUGUGCUCCAACCUUCAUCGUGCCUUUGAAGCUUCACACUGCCACCAGAGGUUAUGAAUGCUACAUGAGCUGCGCUGUGAAGGGUAACCCCUCGCCUCACAUCACCUGGUACCGGAACCACGUCAGUCUAAACACCGACACCAACUAUUACAUCUCCAACACCUGCGGAGUUUGCUCGCUGGCCAUCCUGAGCGUGGGCCCCAAAGACGUGGGAGAGUACACGGUCAUCGCAGAGAACAGCUUGGGGCGAGCCGAAUGCUCCACGCUCCUCAGUGUCAGAGGCUGAACAAACUAAGGACAUCUGUCAUCAGGUGAAUGCAGAUUUCUGUGCAUUGUUGGGAUAAAAAUAAAUAGAUAAAUAAAUGUGCUUAUUAUAUGUAUUAAUGUUAUAUUUUUUUCAACAUAUAUUAGAACAUGUGAUUCUUCUGUAUAUUUUUUUUAUGAAUACCAGUAACCACAGUUUAUUAAAAGUUUAACAAAUCCACAUUUGAUAGACAAUGUAAGUUAAUUUACUAACUUAUUUUUGGUGGUAGUAAUUCUAUACUUCAUCUUCUGUCUCUUAAUCUACUUUUAUUUUAACAGUAUGGACAUAUUCAUGUGUUCUUAAAGCAUACAACAAAUAAAAAAUAAUGACAAUUUAAACCCUAAAGGUUUUGAAUUUGCAUGAGCACCAUUGCUUUUUAAAAAGAUAUUAUUUCCCCACUGUCAUUUUCUUUGUUUGAGUUUGUUCAUGCUUCUUGUAUCUUUUUGAAUGGCAUGUCAUCAAAGAUGACCAUAUUAAACUGUUCGUAAUGAACCAU